AUGUCUAAGAAGUAUAUGCCAAGACCGCCCUACUGUUUUGGCGAGAUACCGGAUUACACCAUACCACCAAUGACGGUUGAGGAGUACCGGUACUACGAAAAGGAGUUUUUUGGGUUUCUUGAAGACAAACCACUUGCCAGAGAGGUACAAAAUGAAGCUGGAUUUAUUGAGAGAUUCCUGAAUUUUUUUGGGGUGUCAAAGAUCUCCAAAUACGAAGAUGAAGUACCGGAAAUUAAGUUUAAUGUUCAUUAUGUUCUCCAGAAUAAUUCUGAAUCUCAACAUGGUGGGACCGGUGACAGCAUUCCCUAUUUAAUGUCCAGUGGAACUGCAGGAAAGGAAAAUAAAGCCACUCAAACUGACGAUGUUGUCAAAUGUGAACAAGGAGUUCAAACGAUCAAAGUGAAAAGAGGAGUUAUGAAAUCAUUCCGACGAUUUUUACGACGAUCAUUUAAAUGUUUGAAAACAGAAGAAUAA